ACUACUACUACUACUUCUACUACUACUAAUGGUACUAUUCCUUCCAGCAGUGUUGUUUUGUAUUUUCUUCACAUUUAUUACGUUCCUGUGAUCGCUGUUAUGGGCAUCAUCGGGAACCUUCUCAGCAUCCUCGUGUUCCUUAAGACCAGACUCAACAGACGUACCACAUCUUGCUUCCUCGCUGCUAUGGCCGCUUCUGACACGCUGUUCGUGGUUCUCCUCCUCCUCCGCUUCCUCUUCCACAACCAGUCCUUCCCCGCUGCCCGCCUGGCCCUCCUAGACACGGCGGUUGGCUGCAAGAUCGUGAACUAUCUUGGGACCACGCAUUCUACCUUCGCGAACUGGCUAACAGUGGCUUAUACAACAGAGCGGUGCAUCGCGGUACAGUACCCGCUGCUGAGACCUGCCCUAUGCACGGUGCGACGGGCCAAGGGGACGAUCCUGGCGGUGGGACUAUUCGCCCUCCUCAGCAAUAUCUACCUCUUUGUGACCAUAGGGAGGGUGGACACGUUCACCUUCUGCGGCGUGCAUCAGGAGUACCAACAUGUGAUGCGGGUGUUCCGGGUGGUUGAGGUGGUGGUGGUGGUAGCCCUGCCCUUCAUUCUCAUCGCUUUUAUGAAUGGACUCAUCGCAUGGAGGCUGUACGCGCAUCACCGCGCGCUUCAUCUCGGAAUAACCGCAUCCACCCAACUAGACCAAGCGAAAAAACACUCCACUUCUUCCACCUCCUCCUCCUCUUCCUCCCACUUCCCCACCUCACCCUGCCCCAUCCACACCUCCACCAACCCUUCCACCUCCUACUCCACCCCGGCAGCCCACUCCACACUGUCCCUGGAUGCUGUGAUUAGGAGAAACAUAUGGGUGGGUGGUGAUGGAAAUGCCCCGAGGUCCGCCCCAGCCACCCCGAACGCCCUACCCCAUUUCGCUUGCCCCGGAAAAUCAACCGAAUCCUAUGCCUUGAAAGUGGUUGGGGCUUCUAGAAAACACCCCAGUGCUCUUAGAAAACAAGGAGGGGUUCUCUAUCGAAGCGGGAAAGGAAGGGAGAAGGACGGAGAGGUAGAGAACAAGAUGGGCCAUAGUUUUCAACCUCCUCAACCUCCUCCUCCUCCUCCUCGUUUUCAGUUUCCCAUUGCCAAAACAAAAGAAAACGGCACUAGAAACCACGGUGGAGAGUACAGGGUUUUCUACCGCAGUGGGAAAGGAAGGGAGACUGAAGGAGAGGUAGAGAACAAGAUGGGUCAUAGUUUUCUACCUCCUCCUCAAGAUCCCACCGCUAGAAACCAAGAUGGAGACUACAGGGUUUUCUACCGCAGCGGGAAAGGAAGGGAGACUGAAGGAGAGGUAGAGAACAAGAUGGGUCAUAGUUUUCUACCUCCUCAAGAAACCACCGCUAGAAACCAAGGUGGAGACUACAGGGUUUUCUACCGCUGUGGGAAAGGAAGGGAGAGUGAGGGAGAGAUAGAUAACAAACUAGAUAACAGUUCUCUACCUCCUCCUCCUUCUCCUCCUCCUCCUCGUCAUCAGUUUCUCAUCGGCGCCAGAAACCAGACGAACCAGCGAAACCAAGCCAAGGCGAAUCGAAACCGGGCAUCUAUAGUUAUCAUCGACCGUAGAAACCUCAUCAGGACGACCACAACCACCACCACGACCACCAGGUUUCGAAAACGGACCUCAGAGACACAUACCACCACCACGACCACCACCACCACCACUACCACAUUGACCUGGUUUCGCUGCCUCAUCAGAAACCUCCUGUUCUCUAAGAGGUCGGGGAGGCCGGUUGAUACCUCCCCCUCCUCCUCCUCCUCUCCCUCCCCCUCCCCCCCUCAUCACCACCACCGCCAGGGUCAUCACAACACCACGAAGAUGUUGAUCCUGACUUCUACAAUUUUUAUCUUAAUGCAACUUCCGAGACACGUGAUCAGGGUGUACAUCGUAACGCACUACCUCGCUGACUCCCCCUCCGAGGCCGCCAUGGAGGAGACCAGCGCCCUCAUCCCGCUCGUGGAGGUGUUUGAGUGCCUCCACUACACCCACUCCUCCGUCAACUUCCUGCUGUACCUGCUGUGCGGCGCCACCUUCAGGCAGGCCGUGGUGGGCUACGUUAAGCAGGCUGUCUCCCGCCACCUCUGCUGCUGCUGCGCCCGCCUCUCCCCCGCCCCCGCCCGCAGCGCUGAGAGAAGGAAUUAAGGGAUGUAUUUUAAGACACCAUCGCUUCUCACAUCAACUAUUUCUACAGGUCAUAGAGGGGAUCAAUCGGGUUUUCAUGAGUGUUUUUUUAAGGUUCAUGGCACAGAAGAAGGGUCAAACUACCACGAGGGUCAUAAAACUACCCCUGGAAAGGCCUACAGCUCCUACGAAAGCGGUUAGAUUAGUGGAUUUAUUAUUAUUUUUUUUUACGUCUACGCCUAUAACGCCGGUAGGCUUGGUUGAGGGGCCUAGAUGGUAGUUGGCCCCAAGUCCGUCAUGGCGCAGGCAAUUUUUUAUAGUGUCGCCAGUUAUGCUUGGCUCAUGCUGCCCCCCGGAACUCAUUCUUGAUUCACUUGGACGGUUUCCUCUAGAGUCCGGGUGGAUGGGUGGUCUUCAGGACAGCAUGUGGGUAGUUUUAAGCCACUCGGCGGUGACUGAAAAAUCCCAGGUGGUAGCGUGGGGAUUCGAACUCGCGUCGUCCAUCUCGCGGUGAAUGCAGGCCCAGCACGCUACCACUCAGCCACCGCCUAUAAUAAGGACCAUAGUUUCCUGGGGAGACGCUGGCUGAGUGGUUAGAUUAAUUAGUAGAUUUAAUAUUAUAAGUGUGUGUGUGUGUGUGUGUGUGU